AUUACACUGACUCGACGUACAGGGCUUGUAAUCGAUGAUGCGAGUCAGUGACAACAUUUUAUUGGCGCUCAAUAUUUUGCGCGUGUUGUUUUACCAACCUUAAAAGUAACAGUUACAAAAGCAAACGUCGAGAAAAUUUACAUAUUUCACAAUUUCUCUGUGACAUAAUGAGCAUUCUGACAACGAUUGCUUUUGUCUGGAUUAAGAUGGCGGUCUGAAAGGCAAGGUUUGUUGUCGAUGGGUGCAAAGUAUGUUUAAGUGCAUCAACCGAACGGCGCAGUGCACGAGGUAUUUCCAAGCAGCUGGACGCAGCUCCCAUCUCAACAACGGAAUUAAAAUGACGAACUCAGCUCUAAAGAGCGUGGUCGCAGACAUAACUCGCUCUCCUGAAGACAAGCGAGUUUACAGAGGCCUGGAGUUUAACAAUGGAUUGAAGGCCAUGCUCAUCAGUGACCCAACAACAGACAAAUCAUCCGCUGCUUUGGAUGUCCACAUUGGUUCUUUAUCCGACCCAGCAAAUAUCGCAGGCCUGGCGCACUUUUGUGAACACAUGCUGUUCCUGGGGACGAAGAAGUACCCAAAAGAGAAUGAGUACAGCCAGUUCUUGAGUGAGCAUGCUGGCAGCUCCAAUGCCUUCACCAGUGGAGAGCACACGAACUAUUACUUUGAUGUGUCUCAUGAGCACUUACAAGGAGCUCUGGAUAGAUUUGCCCAGUUCUUCUUGUGCCCGCUGUUUGACGAAAGCUGUAAGGACCGUGAGGUAAACGCUGUGGACUCUGAGCACGACAAGAACCUGAUGAAUGACGCUUGGAGGCUCUUUCAACUCGAGAAGGCCACUGGCAACCCAAAUCACCCCUUCAGUAAAUUUGGAACAGGUAACAAAUUGACCCUCGAGACGAGGCCAUCUACUGACGGCAUUGAUGUCCGCCAGGAGCUCCUUGAGUUUCACUCUACAUAUUACUCCUCUAAUCUAAUGGGCCUCUGUGUUUUAGGAAGAGAAUCCCUAGAUGAGCUGACCUCUAUGGUGGUCAAGUUAUUUGGAGAAGUAGAGAACAAGAGUGUGCCUAUCCCAGAAUUUCCUGAUCACCCCUUUCAAGAUCAAUAUCUAAAACAAUUCUACAAAGUGGUGCCCAUAAAAGACAUAAGGAAUCUGUAUGUGACGUUCCCCAUCCCAGACCUGCAGAAAUACUAUAAGUCAAACCCGGGACAUUAUCUGGGACAUCUGAUUGGUCAUGAAGGACCUGGAAGUUUGUUAUCGGAACUCAAAUGUAAAGGCUGGGUGAAUACACUUGUUGGAGGUCAAAAAGAAGGAGCCAAAGGAUUCAUGUUCUUCAUCAUCAAUGUGGACUUGACGGAAGAAGGCCUUUUGCAUGUGGAGGACAUUAUCUUUCACAUGUUCCAAUAUAUCCAGAAACUACGCACAGAGGGACCUCAGGAGUGGGUGUUUCAGGAGUGCAAGGAUUUAAACAAGGUAGCCUUCCGGUUCAAAGACAAGGAGCGACCCCGUGGCUAUACCUCCAAAGUGUCUGGUUUACUGCACUAUUAUCCGCUUGAAGAGGUUCUCGCAGCGGAGUAUCUUUUGGAAGACUUUAGGCCAGACUUAAUUGAGAUGGUGUUGGACAAGCUGAGACCAGAAUAUGUCAGAGUUGUUUUGGUGUCAAAGUCAUUUGACGGUCAAACGGAUAAGGCAGAAGAAUGGUAUGGUACGCAGUACAAACAGGAGGUUAUCUCUGAGGAGACCAUCAAGAAAUGGGCCGGUGCGCACCUCAACGGAAAGUUCAAGUUGCCAAUGAAAAAUGAGUUCAUCCCUACCAACUUUGAAAUUUAUCCUCUUGGGAAAGACUCUCCUGCUUUCCCUGCUUUAAUUAAGGACACAGCAAUGAGCAAGGUGUGGUUCAAGCAGGAUGACAAAUUCUUUCUCCCCAAAGCGUGUCUGAACUUUGAGUUCUUCAGUCGCUACUUAUAUGCAGAUCCACUGCACUGCAAUAUGACCUACCUGUUGCUCAGGUUACUGAAAGAUGAUUUAAGAGAGUAUACAUAUGCAGCCCGCCUGGCAGGGCUGGUGUAUGGCAUAGCCUCAGGGAUGAAUGCCAUCCUACUCUCUGUUAAAGGUUACAAUGACAAGCAGGACAUCCUGUUGAAGAAGAUCAUUGAGAAGAUGGCCACAUUUGAGAUUGAUGAGAAACGUUUUGACAUAAUCAAGGAAGCGUACAUGAGGUCUUUAAAUAACUUCAGAGCAGAGCAGCCGCACCAGCACGCCAUGUACUACCUCCGUCUGCUAAUGACUGAGGUGGCUUGGACCAAAGAUGAGCUCAGGGAGGCUCUAGAGGAUGUAACUCUCCUGCGCCUUAAGGCUUUCAUCCCGCAGCUGUUGUCACGGUUACAUAUUGAAGCCCUUCUCCAUGGCAACAUCACCAAGGAGUCUGCCCUUGGCAUGAUGCAAAUGGUGGAGGACACUCUCAUUCAGCACGCUCGCACGAAGCCUCUCCUACCAAGCCAACUGAUCCGCUACAGAGAGGUGCAGGUUCCAGACGGUGGAUGGUAUGUUUAUCAGCAGAGGAAUGAGGUACAUAACAACUGUGGCAUCGAGAUCUACUACCAGACCGACAUGCAGACCACCAACGAGAACAUGCUGCUGGAGCUCUUCUGUCAAAUCAUCUCCGAGCCGUGCUUCAACACGCUGAGAACUAAAGAGCAGCUCGGCUACAUCGUGUUCAGCGGUCCAAGGCGGGCCAAUGGGGUCCAAGGCCUUCGCUUCAUCAUCCAAUCAGAAAAGGCACCGCACUACCUGGAGAGCCGCAUCGAGGCGUUCCUUUGCACCAUGGAGAGAACAGUGGAGGAGAUGAGCGAAGAAGCUUUCCAGAAGCACAUCCAAGCCCUGGCCAUUCGCCGCCUGGACAAACCCAAAAAACUGUCCGCGGAGUGUGCCAAGUACUGGGGAGAGAUCAUCUCCCAACAGUAUAAUUUUGAUCGAGAUAAUGUUGAGGUGGCCCACCUGAAGACGUUAACUAAAGACGACAUUAUGCAAUUCUACCGUGAGCGCCUGACCCUGGACGCCCCCAAAAGACACAAGAUGUCAGUGCACGUGCUAUCCAGGGAGAUGGACACCUGUCCCCUCGUUGGAGAAUUUCCUGCUCAGAAUGAUGUCAACUUGACUCCUGCACCCUCUCUGCCCCAGCCGUCGCUGGUCCGGGACAUGACCGAGUUCAAGAGGAGUCUGCCUCUCUUCCCUCUGGUCAGGCCUCACAUCAACUUCAUGGCAGCCAAACUGUGAGUGGGCGAGCCUGACCGCGUCCACACGAAGGAUCCACGCAUGCUGUCACGGAACAUCGGGAAGACGAGGCUCUGACUGAGCCUGCAUGAGUGUGUGUGUGUGUGUGUGUGUGUGUGUGUGUGUGUCUGUGUCUGUGUCUGUGUCUGUGUGUCUUUGGUCGAGUACAUAUGAACGUCUGCACAUGCAGGCUGGAUCCACUACAAGGAGAAGCUCGGGAACAAAUGCGUGUAACAGAGAUGCACAGAUCACUGUAGCUGUGAUUAACGGUAGAGCCUCAUGUUCAAGUUGAACAGGAGAUGCAACACUUAAAAAUGAUGUCACAGUCCUGUAUAAGCAUUUGUAGAGGACAACCACCUGACAAAGACCUUUUUACUCAUUCUCAUGUCCCUUAUCUGCCUCGGCGAGAUGGUUUUAAUCCUCGCACGGUUUUCUUUUUAACCUGGUAAAAUGUUGGGACCCUUUUGAGGUAUUUUUAAUCAGCUUACCUUGAAGAACCUCACCCAUAAAAAAAUUAUUUAUUUUUAAUUUCAACUUUAAAUACUACAAAAAAGACAUCUCAGGGGGACUGACAUGCAGAUUAUUUUUUUUUUUUUAACCUUCAGUUCUAGAUUCAAAUAAAGUUUUAUCAGACUGUCAUUUACAUUAUUUUGUUCAUUUUAAUAAAUGUGAGAUCAAAUUCUGAUUUAGGUUUGUUGUGUAAAGAAUUGUCUUGUGGUCGGGACUGUGGAUUGUUAUGUCAGCACCACUGAGCUGUGGAAAAUCUUCCCCCGACGCCCCACCCCCCAUUCUAUCGUUAAUUGCCAAGUUAAGAUCAUUUCCAGGUGGAGAACCCUCUUCAAUCAAUUGCAAUGAACGAGAACUCAGCCAUGAGUCCAACAAGUGUGGGACAUUUCCGGAAAUGGGACGUUUAGCUUAUAUAUUCCAUUGGUUGUUCUCCAACUUAAUGUUAAGAAGACAUCUACAUUUGAAAGAUAAGAAUUCUCCAGGUUCAUUUCCAUUUUCAACUUUGUAACCACACACACACAAAUUAUUCCCAGGAGAGGAAGCUAGUACACCUGCAGCUCAGUAUUUUCCUACAUUUUAAGAUGCUGUCGGUGCCCAGCAAGUAGUGCACGUGAUGCUGCUGUGUUCUUAAAUAUUACAACACUUCAUUUGUAAUUGGAAAAAUACAUUUAUUCACAGAACAGAUAAAGGAUUGAACUCAAAACUGUGUGCAGGGAAAGCUUGCCAAGCUUACGCGUGCAAGUUAAAUAUUCCAAAGUGUCUUUUCACAAUAAAGUUACAUGUACGGACCGUCUCCUCUGAGGGAAAACGGCAACUUUCAGCUUUUAUUGCAGCCACAGCUCCACACUCUCACAAUUUUGUAAAAAUCAAGCAGUGAAACCUACUUGUGGUAAAUCUUUUCUAAACUUGACCCAAUUCACAUUCCCAAGUGUUGCUGGUGCAACAUUUGAGUCAACGGGAUUGGAUGAAUAAAUGAACCUUUUCAAUUUUUCCACACGUCCCCCAUUACAACAUUCAGCUGUCUACAGUGACAACCAUAUUGAAAUAGAGUUGAUCACAUGAUGAAAAACUUUUUUUUCAUCAAAAUUGUAUCCUCGCUUUUACGUUCCCAUGGGACCAGCAUGUCUGUCUGUGUUUGGGCAAAAAUUCGUAAUUUUAUAAGAUGUGAUUAUUAUUACGAGACUUCCAGACAAUCAAGGUGUAGGCCUGAAAACGCCAAAUGUGUGUUCACAUUGUUCUCUUGGGAGCAGCUUGAGGAGGAAAAGCACAAAGGACGAUUCCUGGCAGUCACUUCAUGCUUCCUGGUUGUGUUUGAACUACAAUUAACAUUUUAUCUUUCAAACAUCCCAAACACUGUAGUGACUCCCAAUAGAAACACCCCAAACACAGGCAAUGGGGACUUUUCCAGUAAAUGUUAUAAAACAAUUUAUUAUUAUAAAACCUACUUCUACAUGCCUUACAUUUCUUCUCCUUAAAAUACAAUUGAGGUUUUACAGUCCUCGCAUCUGUAGGUGUAGUGUACACAUUCUCUGGUGUGCGUGUUUGUGUGUUGUCCAUUUUCAGCAGAGCGAAAUAGAGGUUUAAAAACAGAGUUGGCAGGAUUCCAAUGGUGGGAAGGUCAUUUGUGGGAUGGUGACACUGACUGACACCUCAUCCACCGUGGGUCGACAUUUGCUCAGG